UCCCUCGAUACGGCUGCCAAGAGGCCACGCGAGAAGAAUCGAUCGCGUGGGCGAUCGCGAAGCAUCGAACGAUUCGAUUGAGCGAAGGAAGAAGACUCGCCGAGAACGAUACGUUCAUGUUGCCGGAAAGCAACUUUCCCGUCACAGGGGGCACUAUGCAGACUGAGGAAGUCGUGCCGCGUGCACAGUCUAUUGGCAUAGAUAGUAGUCUGACCGACGGCGCCGGUCUGCAGCAUCAUUUGCAUCACUCGUCGCAUUUACACUGUCCGUUACCGCCCGUGAUCCACAUGGCCGUUAAGCAGGAGCCUCAAGAGGAGGAAGAGCGAAGUCGCGAUGCGAGUACGUUGAGUCCGCAAGUGGAUGCGAUCAACGCCGCGGGUUCGGUGGACAACAAGCAAGUCGGCCAUUAUCAAAUUCAAGGACUGGAGGAUAAUCCAACGUUAGUUCCAGAUGCUAACAACCGAGGACGAUCCAGUCGUGGUCGCAGAAAAUCGCGAUGGAAGCUCAAGUUCCAUCAUCAGGCACUGCCGCCGGAAUACCUGGACCAUUAUGAGGCGUCGUUGGCCCAGGAAAACCUGAACUCGUCGCCGCCGCGAAUUGUCAUCGAACCAGCGGCACCUAGCCCGGCACCGACGAGCUCGACCUCCACCCCAAGUCCCAUCGCCGACACCCACGGCUGGCUACAGCGGAUAGCAGCGAUGCAGCAGGAGCUCUGUCCACACGUUGGGUCGGUUCCCCAAUGUCCGAUUACUCCUGGCCGUGAUAAUCAAGUCACCAAUACCAGAAGAUCCGUUAUCACGUCCGCGUCCUCGCAGGCCUACUCCAAUGCGCCGUAUCCCAAUCAUCAUACUCAGCAGACGCAUUCGCAGACAUCCAGCAGGCCGCCGAUGAAGUAUUCCGAUCUUCCCUACAUGGGCGAGAUCACCCUCGACAAUAGCAAGCCUAGACGCGGCCGGAAGCCGAAGAAGGCUGACAUCUGCCAUUUGAUUUACAAAAAUUAUGGCACCAUACUGCCGGGUACACCUGGUCACGAGGAGAGAAGACUGUCGCCCCGAGAGAAACAGGAUUCUCAGGAUCGCAUAUCGCCUCACGUGCCCUUUCAGAGGACGGACGUGCAAAACAAAAUCAGCAGUCUGUUGGAGAAGCGGUUGACUCAGGAGACCCGACGGAGCUUUGCCGCGCUGUCUGAGAGCGCGCGGGAGCAGGAUGAGCCGUUGAACCUCUGCAUCAGAGAUCUCAAUCAGUUGAAGAUUCGAUUAUUGCGGAAGCAUGGAAACGUCUACGAGUCCGGUCAGAUGAAGAGCGAGAUGUCUAGCGAUGGUGAAGAGGUGGAGUGUCUUGGAGGCGCUUUUUUAUCGGAACCGAUCAACUACUCGGAGUCGAUGGUCCAUCGUUCGAACAACAAUCUCGUCAAUCAUAAUAAUAACGUGAUUGAUCCGAUGAUCGGCCACAACUCUGGCUUUGUGUAUUGGCCAAACACUGGUGUAUUCAUUCACCCGAUGGCCCUGCAGUCCCAAUUGCUGUAUUAUCAGAAGGUGGCCCAAGGUGAUAAAUGUUCGCUGCGGCCGACGGAUCAAGCACCGAGGGAGCAGAAAAUUGUGCCCAAGUCAAUAUAUUCGAUGAUGGAGACGAAGAGCAUACCUCAAGCGUCGGCGCUGCCUGUGUCCCAGGCGACGCCGACACCGACGUCGAUCACCGCACCGCCGUCACCCAGACCGAAGAGGAACGCUCCUCUAAGUCAGCCGCAGAGUCAACCGACUAAGCGGAAGCGCUCCGCCAUAUUUAUACCACCGAUGCCGGCGGAAAACAACAACAAUCCGGCGACAGAAGUGAGUAUAUGCAAGUUUAAGUUCACCGGCGGUGCCAAGCCUAGCCUGCAGGAGAAGAAGAGUCUCUCCGUGGACUCGGGCGGUAACUUCCGCUAUUACAGUGGCACCGGCGAUAAGAGCAUGCGCGGUUACGAGUUCUUUCCCAGAGAGGCUCUUCAGCAGCCGGCCGGCCAAUCCGGGACAACCUCCGCCGCCGGUGCCUUUCUCAGCGCCACCGGCGAGAGAAUCCAGUCCCCGAUAACGUGCCAGAGAAACCCGGUCGGCCAGGACGACGGACGACGAAAGAGAAAGACCAGGAAGUCCCUGCAACGCGAGAAGCUGGAACAGACCUUCAAAGAAAAGGGCUUUCUCAUUCAGACGCAGCAGCUUGAGUCCGCAGAGGGUGCCACGUACUGCAAAUUUCGACAGCUCAGGAAGUUCACUAGGUAUCUGUUCAGAAGCUGGAAAGACUAUUUGCCCGGUAAUGUGCGCGAACUAAGCGGGGGUAACGGCGGGAGCGGUGGCGCCGCAAUAAAUGGCGACGCGAUCGACCUUGACGUCGUCGACGGGGACGCCGCUGUCAUUCCCUCCCCCCCGCUUCCUCGCAGCAACCUCUUGGAUGUGCCGAACAGCUUCGUGGAGGAUCAUCAGACUUUGCCCCUCACGUGAGACUUGAUAUUCGCGACGCAUUAUCAACCAAUGAACAUAAGUCAUGAUACGGUACGACGCAUAUUACUCCUCUAUUGUUGAAUCUGUUUUCCUUCUGUUUCUUUAUUUUGUGGAAACAUUUUUUCAAACUACAUUUAUAAUUGUAAAAUUACAAAUUCUGCUUAACCGUCUUUAAAUUUACAUUUUUGAAAACAAAAAUUAUUAAUUAUUUUCAAAAUAUCUUUUUCAGAUUUGUGAACCUAUAGAUAACUUUGUAACAUAUAUAUUGCAUCUUUUUAAAAAUACUAGAAGAUAGAAAUUGUAUGUUAUAUAUAAAAGUUAUGAAGAAAACUAUGAAAAUCUUUAUAAUCAACACUGUUUAGAAUUUGUAUUUAAAACAAUUUGAAAGUUAACUCUCUAUUCAAUCGUACGUUAUUUAUAUGUACAACAAUAUACAGAGUGUUUUAGAUCAGAUCAAUGAAAUUUUAGGAUCUUAUAAAAAAUUGAAUUUGAAACAAAAAAGUUACGAUAAACAUAGGUCCAGAAACGCUUCGUUAAAAAGUUAUAGCUAAUUCCUAUAAGACUAGUUAUGAAGUUUUAUUGAUCUGACCUGGAAAACCUUGUAUAUUUAAAAUUUGAAAGUUAAUAAAUAUUCGCGCGUAAUAUAAAGCGAAGAUGUCGCACGUUUAUACCUUAUUUGUAUAUGAUGAAAAUUUUAAAAUUUAGAUUUGAUACACAAUAGAGUAUCGUGUCAUGAUGCGCGUCACGAGGAUAGGGCAAACUGGAUUACAGCUUUGUGCCAAAGAUGAGAGAGACUGGACUAUGUGUGUAUGUAUAUAUAUUCCGGUCUAAAUUAUACCCGCAUAUGUCCGCGAUAAAGAACAGGUUAACCAAAGAGUGAAAUUUUGUGCUCGCCAUAUCUUGGAACCGGAGGGAGGGGAGAGAUAAAUCGUGUUUAGACUAAUAUCGGACUCAGCGAUGCAUUUGGGGGUGGUAUCGGAUGAAAAUAUGAAACUUGCAAUGAUACCACGUCGCCACGUCAUAUUUUUCUAAGCGAAUCGUUUAACGAUAAAUCUAGUCUUAUUUAUAUAUUCUUGUUAUAAAAUUGUAAACAUGUUUUCUCGUUUUUACAUCGGACGGAUAUUUACAUGCAUAGCAAUGCCUUCCGCGUAGCAGUGUUAUUACAGCGUAGUGCAUACUGCAGGUACAAAAAAAGAAACGGGCAAGCUUAUAUAUAUAUAUUG